AUGAGUAAAAAAGAGAAUGUUUGGAAUUAACUAUUAUUUGAGAAAAGUAGAUAAGGAGGUUUCAUAAAUAAGAAUUUGGUAAUUUUAGGCAGAAAAUGUAGUGGAAAAAGAAGUUUGCUAGAUUCUUUAGCUGAAAUAACGAAGACUCACAAAAGUAAAUUGAUUAAUAGUAUUUUCUAGAUGCUAUUCGGUAAAAAGGUAUUACUCCAAUAGUGGAUUAUGCCUUCUUAAAUUUGAUAGACCUUCGCGACCCUGAUUACAACACGAAUGCUCGUCUGAAUGUGUAUAUUUUAGAAGAAGAGGGGCAGAAGUAUUUGUUACCUCAGAUUUUGAAUCACAAAAAUAUCAAGAAUACAUUUGUUGUAAUAGCUCUGGACAUGCAAGAGCCUUGGACCUUCAUGGAAGACCUGGAUAGAUGGAUUAGUGUGUUGUAGGACAUGAUGGCUGAUCUGCGAUUGAGUCUGAACGAAUUGGAAGAGAUGAAAGCGAAUGGUAAAAUGAGUGUGAUAUAUAAUUCAAGUGAUGCAAUAUAUGUCAUAAAUGGAUGGAGGUUAGGUGCAUGAAGGUUUGUUGAAGACAAAUUUGGGAAUACCUUUGAUGGUGAUGGUGAAUAAAUCGGACAUCUUGGAGAGAGAUGAUAAAGGGAAGGAUUGGGAUUAGAAGGCAGAAAUCAUUUAAUUUUGUUUACGUUAAUUUUGUGUGAAUUGUAAGAGUUAACAUACUUAUAAUAAGAUGGUGCAACUUUGCUUUUCACUUCUGUGAAGCAGAAGAUCAACAUCAAGGUAAUGUACGAGUAUGUAUUGCAUCGUCUGUAUAACAUGCCAUUUGAAACAUCACAACACAAAAACUUAUCAGAUUUCGAAAGUCUCUUCAUCCCCCUGGGUCAAGAUGACAUAAACAUCAUCAAGAGCACUUUCACUAAACUGGCCAACAGUGUCAUCAAAUACGAAGAGAGUGUGCCUGUCGUGCAGUUGAAAAAAGUAAACGCUCUCCCUCAAUAUCAUAAUAGAAUUAAGUGAAAGAGGAACUGACAGUUGAGGAUGACCAGGAAUUCUUCACCAAAUUAAAGGAGAAGUCGUCUUAAGCACCCGCAACCAGACCCAUUCUACCAAUUCAAAGGUCGGUGGAAUAGCAGCCAGCACAAUAACAACCACCUCCUCCUACUACUGAGUAGCAGCCAGUAUCUGCCCGAGGCUCUCAACAGAGUAAAGAAUUAAGAGAAUUCUAUGACAAAAUUCUGACUGGCAGAAAUGAUGUAUUUGAGUAUUUGAAAUUUAGUCUCAAAUUGAUCAGAUUCAACAGGCUCAUUAACAAUUGCAAGAUAGAAUGAAGUAACGAACAGUCACGGAAGUUCAAACCACAACAACAGCUGCCAGAUUGGCUCCUUUGUUCAAUUAAUAAGAUUAAUAGAAAUUGUAGAGGAUUUUGCCUAAAAAGUGAUUUCAUCCCCAUAUUCUAUAAACCUAAAUAAUACCAUAC